AUGGUCGCAGUCCACGAGGCUUUGCUCCGGGUUGAAAAGGGGCUGGUAGUAUCAGACAGUCGUGUCGGGCCAAGCAACAGCCAAGCAAGCUCUAUGAACAUGUUUGGCCGCCUCGCCCACGAGAUCUGGACCGGUCCCACUCCGGGCGUGAUCAUUCCCCAGGCGCCGGUGGCCCGGACCAUUGAUGGCCAGCAAAGCACCUCCGUGACCGGAUGGGGUCUCAAUCGACUUGCAGCAGCAAACAAAAAAAAGGUCCUACCCUUGUCUGGCAGCAGACAAAUAGGGGGUGCAGCGGCGGCACUUUCCGCUCCACAUACGAGGGCCUAA